AAAAAAAAAAAGAAAAAAAAAGGGAGGAUCUCCACACUCCAGUUUCUGGCAUUAAAAAAUGGAGCCAGCGGCGACGAACGGGGAAGAAGCGAGUUCAUGGGAUGAGCUGUACAACAUCAAUCUAAUCCCUUCUGAGUUGUUUGUGAAGUUUCGCAAAGAAGUUCAGGGCAUUCGAGUUGGUCUCAAUAUGGAGUUCUAUAAUACUCCCAUCAAUGAAUAUCAAGCCAAGCUUGUAUUGAAGCCUUUAACUCCUGAAUGGAAGUGGAAGCUAAUUUACGAGCCUAUUCAUCAAGAUGUUCGCAUUCUCUCCAAAAAGAUCCCUGUCACCAAAUUUCUGAAUCUUCAGGUUGGUGUAGGACACAAUUUUCAAAUGCAUGCUACGGGUUGGAAAUGGAAGCUCACUACAUGUUUAGGUGGAGAUGGUGUAUCCCGAAUUCGAAAUAAGACUUCGGUUGGCUUGUUUCCAGGCUUUGAUUUACGAUUCGGAUGGAGGGCAGACUAUGUUCUCCCUGAAAUUACUGGGGCUCUAGGUACCGAUGAACCACUGUUCAACAUGCAGUCUGGACGGCUUCAAGCAUCACUUGAUAGAGUUGAAGCCAUCUUAACCCAUACUGAUUCUGUUUGAUUGGCAAAGAAGAUAGUCUAAGAAAAUCAGGAUUAUGCCACUUCUUGUUCGAAAUGCCUGCAAGGCCUCGAAGUGGAGUUAAGCUGAUAAUUACCGGGAGAGAUUUGAAAAAGUUUGUGACACGGGAAAUUCUAGAGCGGUUGACAAGGAGCGUAGUUAGUCAUUAUAGACAAACGCCCCUACUUGCUUUUUGUGCAUACAUUAUUUCAAUAGUAUCAAGUUAUUUUGCAAGUGUGUCUGCCAGUACAUUGUAAUUUGUACAUUACAUAAUCCAACAUAAUCAAGUUACUUGGUCA